CUCAGCUCUCCCCAGCCCUGCAGCUGCCAUCAAGGCUGUCAUCCAGCUCCUAUAACAAGGCAUCUGCACUCCAGAAGUCCUACUGAGAUGGGAAAAAUCAUCAUUUAUGAGCGUGCCAACUUCCAGGGUCUUUCCAAAACAUUCACCUUCAACAUUUCUGAUCUAAGAGAUGCAGAUUGGAAUGAUGUUGUCUCGUCAGUGAAAGUCAUUGGCCAGCCUUGGGUGGCUUAUGAGCAUCAGAACUAUGAAGGCAAAUUCCUGGUAUUGGAGGAGGGAGAGCACAAAUUUGUUGGUGAAGGUAUGAAUGACAGGAUCAGCUCUCUGCAGGUGAUCACAGAAGAUCUGCACAAUCCCCAGAUCACUCUCUAUGAACAUGUUAAUUAUCAAGGCAAGAGCAGAGUGAUAAGACAAGCGACCAACCUGGGUGCAGGACAUGACAAUGAUAUCAUGUCUUCCCACAAGGUCCAGAGAGGUGUCUGGCUGCUGUGUGAGCACAGUGAUGGAGGUGGAAUUCAAUACCUUGCACGAGAGCACGAGCACCUUCCAAAUUACAAGGCAAUCGAUUUCAAUGACAAGCUUUCCUUCCUGCGUCCCCUGCGCCCUGGCUGUGGCUGUUAGAAUGCAAAUCCUGCAGCGCUGAGCAAAGAUGCAGCCCCGGCAAGAAAUCUGAGACCUCCAUCUCCGCCUCUGCUUGUGUCACGUUUCCCCCAGUGUCACAGGAAUGCUGAAUGUGAGAGCUCUCUGCUGUGCUGCACUGCAGAUCUGCACUUCUCUAUCCUGCCUUGCACUCUUCUCCCACCCCACAAGUGCCAGAAUCAUCCUGCUUGGUCAUAGGAAAGGGUGUCCAAGCUAGGAGACAGCCAGAUGUGGGAAACCUAAUGCACCCUCAGGUGGCAUUCCAGAGUCCUGGGCUAUGGGAUGUAGGAGCAUUGCAUGUUGUUUCUGUCGAUAAGUGAUACAGAAAAUAUCAGUACAGAACCAGCAUCUCUUCCUCUGUAAUUGCUUUGCAAUGUCCUUAUGGUACUGUGGCCUCUGCCAUUGUCUGUAAUCCAUUUUGUGUUGGUGCCAAUAAAGAAUCUUUUG